AGAAGUCCUCACAAGUCAUUGGUUGUAAAGAAGACAGAGAAAGUUUCAAAAAAGGUUUCAGCUUAUUACUCUUCUACACCUCCUCUGUUCUGUUCUGUUCUCUCCAGUCCCACCCCAAACUCUCACAACCCCGAUCGUAGUUUUCAGCCUAAAUCUCUUUUCAAUUCAGGGGAUAGUGAAACUUUGAGAAAGAGUAACUCCCAAGGUGCGUUUGAAAAGUUAGAAUCCGAGGCAAAUCAAUCGGGUCAUGGUUUGGACUGUGCUUAUGCUUCCGUUUGAACCCAACAGUAUCUGUGAAGAUUAUUAGGAAAAAGAGAGGGAAGGGUUUCUCUGCUUCUUUUGGGGUCUGGCCGUUUUCUUUAUUAUAUAGCUCAAAAAAGACUUCGGCUUUAGUUGUAUUAUGCAACUUGGUUUUGAUAAAGGGAUCAAGGAGCGUCCAAGGCCAAGAGAGAGACUGAGAGAGUGAGACUGGUGAGAGAGAGAGAGAGAGACAGAGCGAGGUGAAAUUAAAUACCCAAUGCCGCAGGAGGAGCCAAGGAAGAAGCUUGGAAAUGAAUAUUCUAAUUCCAAGAAGAAGGAGCGCCACAUAGUUACCUGGUCUCAAGAGGAGGAUGACAUUCUGCGCAACCAAAUUAGCGUUCAUGGAACAGACAAUUGGGCUAUCAUUGCGUCAAAAUUCAAGGAUAAAACAACGAGACAGUGCAGGAGACGAUGGUACACAUACUUGAAUUCUGACUUCAAGAAGGGAGGAUGGUCACCAGAGGAAGACAUGCUCUUAUGCGAGGCUCAAAAGAUAUUUGGUAACAGAUGGACAGAAAUAGCUAAGGUGGUUUCGGGGAGAACUGACAAUGCUGUGAAAAAUCGGUUUUCGACCUUGUGCAAGAAGAGAGCCAAAUAUGAGGCCUUAGCUAAAGAGAACGCUACUUCAUACAUCAAUUCAAAUGACAAAAGGGUCAUAAUCCGAAAUGGUUUCAAUACAGAUGGAACAACAGAAACUACAGCACCUUCUAAGAAGAUGAGGAGAACCCACAUCCCUAAUCUCUCCGAAAAUUGUAACUCCGGGGAUAGACUAUUUGAGCAGUGUGGAAAGAUGAAUCAGCAGCUAAGAGCUCCAUUUACUGUGUUGAUUCAGAAUUUCCACAAUGUAGACAACCUGCCAGACCAGCAUAAUGUCAGUAGCACAAAGGAAGUCUCUGGGAAUGCACAAAAUAGCAAGUUUCAAGGAUCAUUUCUCAAGAAGGACGAUCCGAAGAUAACUGCUCUGAUGCAACAAGCAGAGUUGCUCAGCUCAUUGGCACUAAAAGUUAACACAGAGAACACAGACCAGAGUCUUGAAAAUGCUUGGAAGGUGCUCCAGGAUUUCUUGAAUCAAAGCAAAGAAAGCGACAUCCUCAGUUAUGGAAUUACUGAUUUUGAUUUUCAACUCGAAGAUCUUAAAUAUCUGUUAGAGGACUUAAGGAGUACUAAUGAAGGAAGUCGACCAUCUUGGCAGCAACCAGAUCUAUACGAUGAGUCCCCAGGAAGCUCUGAAUACAGUACAGGGUCAACUCUCCUGUCCCAAACAGAAUGUUAUGUGGAACAAAACGAAGCUGAAAUAGGUACACUGAUUGAGGAGAUUCAACCUGGUUCACAAUCCAUUCCUAUUGGAGGGGAAAAUGAUGUUCGAGAAUGUGAGAAAGGGAUUGUUUCCAGAGGAACCAGAAAGCAAGAAAUAUUUCCAUCUUGUAAUGAAGGAACAAAAACUGAUGCAGUCAUUUCUGUAUCGUCAAAUACAGAGUUUGAA